AUCAAAAAGAAACAAACGAAGAGGCAGACGAAAGGGAAGAGAAGAGACAAUAUUCAAACAUUGAUGGCAGAGAUUUCUUUGUAUUUCCGGCGGCCAUGGAAAUAACAUUUAUUCCACAUUUAAUUAAAUAUCAUAACUGCACCCUAAGAAAAACUUAAAUUUCCUCAGUAAAUUCUUCAUCUACCGUUUCACUAUAUCUCUCUGCUUUCUCUCUUUCUUCCGAAUUGUCAAGGCUCGUCGACUCUUCAACUUCGAUCGGUUCUCAUCAUGUCUGGUCCUCUUGAUCGUUUUACAAUACCCUGUUUUGAAGGUUUCUCCAGCACUGAUGAGAGGAAAGAACGGAAGUCAGAUAUCGAAGUUUCUGAGGACGAGAAGAAGACUAGAAUCGGAAUCUUCAAGAAGAAAGCGUCAAAGGCUUCUAGCAAACUAAGACGUUCUCUGAGCAGGAAGAGGAGACCAAGCAAAGGAAGAAGCAUCGAUCGGACUCCAUCUCUUACCUUUGAAGACAUACAUGAUGUUGAGGAGUUGCGAUAUGUGUCUGAGUUCCGACAGUCACUCAUCUCUGAUGAGUUGCUCCCUCCAAAUCUUGAUGACUAUCAUAUGAUGCUUAGAUUCUUGUAUGCUAGGAGAUUCGAUCUUGGAAAAGCAAAGUUAAUGUGGGCUAACAUGAUCCAAUGGAGAAAGGAUUUUGGUACAGACACCAUUUUGGAGGACUUUGAGUUUCCUGAACUGGAUCAAGUACUCAAAUACUACCCUCAGGGAUACCAUGGUGUAGACAAAGAAGGAAGACCUGUUUACAUUGAAAGAUUGGGAAGAGUCGACCCUUGCAAACUCUUGCAAGUCACUACAUUGGAAAGAUACCUGAGAUAUCAUGUUAAAGAGUUCGAGAAAACUGUUACCAUCAAGUUUCCUGCUUGCUGCAUCGCUGCUAAGAGACACGUUGACUCCAGCACCACAAUUCUUGAUGUCCAAGGCGUGGGAUUAAAGAAUUUUACUAAAUCUGCUAGGGAUCUUAUCACCCAGCUUCAAAAGAUUGAUAAUGAUAACUAUCCUGAGACACUUCACCGUAUGUUCAUCAUUAAUGCUGGCCCUGGUUUUAAGCUACUUUGGGGCACUGUUAAAUCGUUUCUUGAUCCAAAGACUGUCUCCAAGAUAGAUGUCCUUGGAAACAAGUACCAGAACAAAUUACUUGAGGUGAUUGAUGCAAGUCAGCUGCCAGAUUUUCUCGGUGGUACUUGCACUUGUGUAGAUCAAGGAGGCUGUAUGAGAUCUGAUAAAGGGCCGUGGAAGGACCCUGAGAUACUAAAGAUGGGUCGUAGUGGUGGGACGUUCUGUAGGCAUGCUGGUGCUCAAAUAUCUCCAUCUCAUAAGCAAACAUAUUAUGGGAUGAAAGCUAGUGACACAUCAACAGCAGAGUCAGGGUCUGAAGUAGAAGAGUUGUCUUCACCAAAAACAAAUAUUUAUAAUCAUGUACCUAAGUUAACUCCUGUUUCUGAAAAUAUCAAGGCCAUCGGUAAAGUAAGUCCUAGUGUUUUAUCCGAGUAUGAAGACUGUGUGCCAAUGGUGGACAAAGUUGUGGAUGUUGCCUGGCAGUCCCAAGAGAUGAUUACAAAUGUUUCCAAAGGUUUGGAGAGAAUAGGAACGGUUAGUCAUAUCUGGAGGUGGCUAACUAUGUUCUUCAUAAACAUUUUGGCACUAUUCGCUUCUCUGACUCUGCCACAGACUAUAAGGCACUCACAGUUGAUUCCCUCAAGCGCUAGAGAUGAGCUGUGUGAUGAACCAAAUGCAAGGGAAUCUCGUCCUCCUUCGCCUUCUCGUCCAAGUACUAUCGAUGAAAGAGUCAUCAUUUCCUCUGUUGUAAGUAGGCUAUGCGAUCUGGAGAAACAGAUAGAAACCCUUCACUUGAAGAAAUCCGAGAUGCCUCACGAGAAAGAGGAGUUGCUCAAUACUGCUGUUUAUCGCGUGGAUGCACUAGAAGCAGAGCUUAUCAACGCAAAAAAGGCAUUACACGAGGCCUUAAUGAAGCAAGAAGAACUUUUGGGUUACAUAGACAGGCAAGAGGAAGCUAAGUACAAGAGAAAGAAGUUCUGCUGGUGAAGAGAUGCGAGUUAAUUAGAUCAUGGAACAUUUACUAUAGGUCUGAAAGCAAAGGUUGCAGUGGAUUUUUAUGUAUAUAAGAUAAGAAGAAACUUGCAGUGAGAUUUUAGUUUAAUCCAAGUUUUUUUCUUCUAAUAAUCAAAUUCUGCAUGAUGCUACUAUUGAAUUGUGUGAAUUAUUGGUGUUGCCACAAUGGAUUCUGUAUUGAAAGUUCAAAAGUAAAAAAUAAAGGAAAAAAACAAAAAUAA